CUUUGUGUUUCAGUCCUCGGAGGCCACCGUAGGGAUAGCAGUCAUUGUUCAUGGAGAACUACAUUUCCAGCUUUAUGUAUCUGCAAGCGUGAAAUGUACACAUACUACAACACUGGAAUAACUUCACCUCACCACCGGUAAGAAGAGGGCUGGAGGGUCAGUAGAUGGUCCAGACUGCAGACAGGAAGUAGAGAUCCGGAAACAGGAAGUAGAGAUUCUGAAACAGGAAGUAGAGACUGGAGUGCUGCGGACAGGAAGUAGAGACCCUGAAACAGGAAGUAGAGACUGGAGUGCUGCGGACAGGAAGUAGAGAUUCUGAAACAGGAAGUAGAGACUGGAGUGCUGCGGACAGGAAGUAGAGACCCUGAAACAGGAAGUAGAGACUGGAGUGCUGCGGACAGGAAGUAGAGACCCUGAAACAGGAAGUAGAGACGCUGGUGCACCUGGCGCUCAAACACUCGGCAACAUGUCAGAUGCCAUCCUCACUUUCCAAGUGCAGCUCUCCGCUGUCAUGGAGACGGUGCUGAAGUCGGCCAUGUAUGAGAUCACCCGGCUGGUGGAGGACAGCUUCCUGGAGGAAGUGGCUCGGAGCAAACAGGAAGUGGAGGCCUUGAGGCAGAGGCUGCAGUGGUGGGAGAGCCGGCGCAGGGAGCGAGAGAGCGGCGGGCGAGCGAGGUGUGUGGACUGCGGCAGAGCCGGAGUUUCCAGCCAGGAGACGGAGGACCCGCCCUCAGGAACACCGUCCGGAGCCGAAGGAGCCCCUCCUCUUCCUCUCAGUAAGGGCUGUGGAGAGCCAGAGUGGAGCCCUGCUGUGAGGCAGGACACAGCGCCCUCUUCAGACAGCCUCCUGGCAGAGCAGAGCAGCAGAGCGGCCGCCGGGGAGAGCUGUGGCUCGUACGAGUCGCAGGGACAGGAAGGCUCCGCCCGCAGCCUCAGUCUGGCUGGGCCUCAGCGCUGCGGCAGACACUGGCAGCGCCCGGCCUGGACCCCCUUUAAACUCGGGGACAGUGACAGUGAGCCAGACGGGCUGGACCCCUCUUACGCUGCAGAACCAGAGCCAGCCAGUCCGCCGGCCCAGAGGGAGCCGCAGCCCCGCCCGGCUGAGGAGGGGGCGGGGCACAGCGCCUCCCCUCUGCAGUACCUGAAUGUGAAAUGGGAAGGGGGCGUGGCAGACGCGCCGCUCGUUAAAGAGGAGGCGGAGAUGCAGCCCGUGUGCAGUGAGGAGAUGAGAUGGGACGCAGCUCACAGAGAGCCCUGGGACAGAGGAGACCUGCAGAUGCAGGUGCACCAGUUAUCCACCACAAACGCACGAGCAAAAAGACGAAAGUCGAAGGACGGGCAGAGAGAGUUCAGCAAUGUGGCCAGGCAGGUACUGACACAGUUCCAGGUUUGGCAGAAGGCCUGCUACAGCAAAAACAUUGACUGGAAUCCAGUAAUCGCCAAGAUAAUUUCUACAUUACCUCAGCUACUUGGCCGGGAAACAGAGGUGGUCGACCGCUGCACCAAGAUGCUUCAGAACCGCCGGGAAUAUCUUCGCAGAACUGGCCAGGUCACACGUCAGAAUAUCUCUGGAUCCCCACCUCCAAAAUCAGGCCCCAAUCACAUGCUGAGUUCACGGUGAGAGACCAAGGAUGCUUCCGAAAUACUAUAAAAAAGGUGUCCUCCUUUCCUCCACUACCACCCCGUCUCCUCUCCAUUAGAAUGGGCUCUCAAUGUCGGACUACAAAGAAAACAUGGACACCGCUCCAGAACACGGGUGUGCUUGGCAGAAAAUGUCUGCUUCCAUGGAGACAGUCAGCUGGUUCCAGCAAGAGAAGAAAUAGUUCUCGAUUAAAA